CGUGGGACUUGCUUGGGAUGCCCAACAGGACACUAUCACCCAUAAUCACUGCCUUAAAUUACGCCAACUCUCACAACAUCCUAAUUCAACGCAAGCAGGGAAGUUUUGUCUCUCGUCAAUCAAUCCGUAAAUAUGUCACGCACCACCACCGCUCUCGUCCUCACAGCCAUCAAGGGCCCCCUUGAGCUACGCGAAGUCCACCUCGACUCAAUACGGCCCGACGAAGCUCUCGUAGAAAUCCAUGCCUCGGGCAUCUGCCACACCGACAUCUCGUGCGCCAACGGCAUCCUGCCAUGCGCGCCAGGCGCAGUGCUAGGCCAUGAAGGCGCAGGAAUAGUCCUCGAAACAGGCUCCGCCGUAACCACAGUAUCCAAAGGCGACAAGGUCCUCCUCUCCUUCUCGCACUGUGAAUCCUGCGCCCUCUGCACCUCCGGCCACCCGGCCUACUGCCACGACUUCAACGUCCGCAACUUUGGCGGCAAGCGGCCCGACGGCACCAGCGCCCUGCUGCUGGACGACGCCGGCAAGACGCCCAUGUUCAGCUCCUUCUUCGGCCAGAGCUCGUUUGCGCGCCACGCCCUCGUCCACCGCUCAAGCCUGGUGAAGGUGCCGCCCCACACGGACCUGGCGCUUUUCGCGCCGCUCGGGUGCGGCGUGCAGACGGGCGCCGGCGCCGUGCUCAACGUCCUAGACGUGCGGGAGGGGAGCACGCUGGCCGUGUUCGGGGUGGGGUCCGUGGGGAUGAGCGCCGUCAUGGCGGGCAAGCUGCGGAAGGCCCGGACGAUCAUCGCCGUGGAUGUGCAGCCCGGCAGGCUGGAGCUGGCGAAGAGCCUUGGGGCCACGCAUGCUGUGCUUGGGUCGGGGGACGUCGUGGCCGAGAUACGGAAGAUAUGCCCGCCCGUGGGUGUGGAUUUUGCGGUUGACUGCACCGGUAUCACGGCCGUGAUUGGAAGUAUGGUUGAAGCGCUUGGCACGAGGGGGAGAGCUGCCACGGCUGGCGCGCCCGGGUUCGGAUCUCGCGUCAGUCUGGAUGUGAUGGAUCAUCUCACCUAUGGGAAGGAGUAUGUCGGGUGCUGCGAAGGGGACAGUCUACCUUCUGAAUUCAUUCCUUACUUGAUAGAGCUGCACGCAAAGGGCCAAUUGCCCCUGGAGAAGCUCAUUACGUUCUACGACGUCAAGGACUACGAGAAAGCUAUUCGUGAUAGCGAAACUGGGGUAACACUCAAAGCUGUGCUGAAGUGGGAAUGAUUGACGGCAUGUUGCACGAAGUUGUGUGGAAUUAUACGAACACAAUUAUAUCUAUUUAUGCUUUUACUCGGCACCUCCGUAGGGGCAGGGACCUGCCGACACUAAUGCCGCUACCCGACCCACAUCGGGAGUGGAGGUGGGAGGCAUCGGAGUGGGGGGUGGGAUGAUUAGGUGCAGCGGAGCGGAG